AAGGCUGCACCCUGUCAGCCAGCAGUGCCAGGCCCGGCCGCCAUCUUACUGCGCUCUUGUUGCUCCGAAAAAGAAACGACUGACCGACUUAGCGGGUCGAAUCCGCCUGCUAUCACUUCCCUUUUUUUCUUGCGGGCGGAUAAGUUGGAGUAACUGCCGGUGGAGCCGAUCUAAGGGUUGGCUGGAGCGGGGCUCCGCCUUUGCCCGUGUGCGUGUUGGCGGACAUACGGACGGACGGAGUGUGUCUGAAGCGGUGGCUGCUUCGGCCGAGGCCGGGGCCCGGCUCGGGCUCCCUCACGUGCGGCUAGCAGCAGGAGGAGGGAGUGGAGCUGGCCUCUGUGGUUGGAGAGGCCAGUGUGUCUGGGUCUCAGCGCUGCAUGGCUGCGAUGGCGCCCGCUCUCACAGAAGCGGCAACUGAAGCUCAUCAUAGAUUCAAACUGGCAACUCCAUCUUCCUCCCUCUCUCCAUCAGGCACAGCGGACCGUGAUAACAGCAAUUCGAUUAACAAUUCCAAAAGGAAAGCCUUUGCAGACGACCACAGUCUGGAUUUUCGGAAAAACUCCAGGAGUGAAGAUCACUGCAAAUUGGUAUCCCCAUACCGCUGUCUUGAUGCAGCAUCUCGUCCACCUCCUCCCCCAGAAUCAGUGAAACUCCAAGGAUCUUUCAGCAAGCACGCAGUCAUCAAAUCUCAUACCAUAUUGUCACAUUCAUUACUGGACACCGGAGUAAUUAGGGCAGAGCUGAUUGACGGGCAAGCUGCCUUGGAAUUUUCUCCUAGCCUUUUGAAAACAAUGAGUGCAAGUAGCAACCAACCUUCACUGCCCUCACCCCCGCAACCACCAGUCAAUGGCUUGGCCAAGAAGUCUGCUGUUAAUAUACGCUCAGAUUCUGAUCUGAACAGUGCAGAAGUUGUGGGAAAAGCAGUUUACCCAGAGCUGCCACAAGUUGGGUCCAACCAAGUAGAAGAUUCUAGCAAAUUGGCUUUGAAUAGCAAUAUAACAACAAGGGCAGUAGCAGGAGAAGAAAGCACUUUGGAAGAGUUCAACCAUAUCAUAGAGGCUUUAUCCAAAUUUGGAGAAAAUGGUGUCGGUAAUAAUGAACUUUUAUUCUCAACAGGAAGCUCAGUCAGUACAGUUUGUGCAAAUUCUGUUGAUUGCAAGUCUUCUGCCUCAAAACCAAGUUCCAUGAACAUUUUGGAUACUGAGGUUCAUAGUAGGACGCUGCUGGCUCAGACUAGGCAAAGUGAAAUUGAAAGAAGGGCUUGUAGGCUUCGGAAAAGACUAGAAGUUGUUCAGGCAAAGCAGGUGGAGCGUCACGUUCAACAGCAACUUGGAGGAUUUGUGGAGAAAACUGCACACAGACUUCCCUACUUUGACUGUCUGAAACGUCAGGAUGGGUCGCUGCGAAAUCAGCAGUUGGUUUUUGCUUGUAAAUCAGAUUCUGCCUCACGGAAAGGGGGUGAAAAUGUUUCGGAAACAUUGGCAAAUUUCUUUAAGAGCAGUUCGGUGUCGAAAGGGAUUGAAAAAUUUGUUUCAAGUUCUGACUCAAAGCUACGGUUCAGCGAGAAUGCGUUUGAUUCGGAUGUUACUGAGAGCAGUUCUGGUGGAGAAUCUGACGCUGAAGAGGAAUUGUUUGCCAAAGUGGGAAUGGAGCAGUAUCAGGCACCUGUUUGGCAACGUUCAGAAUGGCGAUGGGCAAUUGAACGAGCUGCUAUUGUGAGUCGUUGGAACUGGCUGCAGGCUCAUGUAUCCGAUUUAGAGUAUCGCAUCCGCCAACAGACUGAUAUUUAUCGACAAAUCCGUGCCAAUAAGGGCUCAGUUGUUCUUGGAGAUUCUCCAGCCUCAGAAGAUUUAAAUCGGCUACAAGUAAGCUCCCCAGAGAGGGCUGAUUCUCCAUCUCAAACGGAACUGAAAACUAAUGGUGCUGGUGUCAAGCUUGAGAUGUCAGUCUGCAGUCAUUCUUCACUGCCAAAAAUUGUGGGUAAACAGGUUAUUCCUCCCAUUGACCCUUUAGAAAAUGUGACAUCUUGUUCGACACCAACUGAAUCUGUACCAACAAAAGCCUGCAGUAACCUUAAGCCUGUCAAUGGAGUGGUCAACAGUGUCCACAGUUUACUCCCAGACAACAGUUCCACCGACAGUUCGGAUGCUGAAGAGCUACUGAAUAAAAAGCAGAGAAUGAAUAUGCUGCCUGUACCUCCUGAUAGCACCUGCAUUGCAGCUCGAGUUCGUCCCAUGUUGACCUGUAAAAAGCGGAGGCUGAUCAGACCCAACAGCGUUCAACCACUGACCCGGAAGAUCCAGCGUCCUCUUGCAGUGCGAUGUAACUGUGAUGUCACAACUUCUUGCAUCAUGUGUGCAUCCAAGAAUUCAGAAUCAUUUGAGAAUUGCUACGACAUGCCUGUGUCAGAGCGGCUAGCGCUGUUAGAUCCCUGCCUCCACCCGGUCCUUUCAGUUUCUGAUGACAUUCCACUGAGCAUGCACUUCCAACCUGUUCUGAAAGGUCAUUGGCAAAAUAAAUCACUGGACAAGAACAAAACCUCCAAGAAACUCUCACUGAAGCAUAAAGGCUUAUUAACGGUCAACCUGCCAGAUCCAUCACGCAGAGCACGGCAAAAGCUGACCAACUCUAUACUCAGUUCAGACAAAUAUGCUCACAGUAAGAACCGUACGGAGAAGCCAUUUAAACAGCACUUCGAUGAUUUACUAUCUGUGUCUAAACUAGAAAGCACGCCAGUACAGGAAAAAAUCCUGAACAAGAAAAGACAGCGAGAACUUCCAGCAGAACUGACAGAAACAAGACAGGCAUUGUCAGAUACGGGGAGUUCAUACAGUUCGACAGUUGGCUCUCAUACCUCAGUUCAUAGCCCAUUGCUGCGGCAGUUGUCCACUUCAUCUGAGAACUCUGUACCAAUUCCAACCAACACACCUAGUGUGGCAUCUGCACUGCAGACAGCCAGAAGGAAAAGGACAGAAAAUUCAUUUGACAUAAACAAUAUUGUGAUUCCAAUGUCAGUUGCUGCAACAACUCGUGUAGAAAAGCUUCAGUACAAGGAGAUCCUAACGCCAAGUUGGCGUGUUGUGGAUGUAAAACCUGAUUUUAAAAAUCACAAACUCAGUGAAGAAGACCAUGAGGAGAUCGAGGAUUUUUCGGAUGCAGUGUUUGCAACUCGGCAUGCAAAGUAUGAGGAGUUUGAGCGUUUGCGGUGGACAACGUGGUCAGCCUCUCCAGUCAGUGCACAGAGGCGAGGAAGCAGAUCUCUCAAAUCAACAGAUGAACAUUCCACCCCGCAGCCUGGCAACACAAAUCCUUCGACCCCUCAACCUGCUUCCCCUGACGUGAGCUUCCAUAGCCUUGGAGACUUGCCCCUCACACCUUCACCUUGCAGUCCCUCGGCACCUCCAGUCAGCCCGGAUACAUUUUGUUCUUCUCUUUCUCGAGAGAGCGCUGGACGGGUUUCAAAUGAGGAUACACGCUGUUCAACACCAGAUAUUAGCCAAGAAGAACAGACGGUUCAACCAUGGGAGAAGCGAACGUUCCCACUGGCAUGUAUUCCUGGGACUGAACGUGAGAGUCGAACUGAAACCAGCCUCAGACAGACCCGAAACAGUCGUCGAUCAUCUGGAAGCACGAAUAGGGGAAGCAGAGAGGCAGAAAGCGGUGCACUAUCCUCCGUUCAUCAUGAUGAUAAACAGAGACAUUCUGUACCUCUGCGGCUCACGCACAGAUAAACAAAAUUUAGUGACGACUACACUUGUCUCAAUGUUUGAUAUUCAAACAUCACCCAAACAAAAUUCACAGUUUUUAGUGAAUUUAGACUCCAUUUAAGUAGCUUUCUUAGGUUAAACGUUUUGUCACCGGCCACAGUUAUCACAAUGAAGAGGUUAGUUUGGUUAAGUUAGAUUCUCGGGCAAAAGCUGGAUUGACUGAUAUUUCAGGUAUUGGUAUCAGUAGACUUGUAAAUGAAGUUUCUAACUUCAUUUGGUUGCAUGUAGUGAUUAUCGAUCUCUUAAAUCAACAGUGGAGCGUGCACUCAUUAAUGUUCAAAAGCAGUCCUAUUUUGUUCACUUUUUGUUCUGGUUUUGCCAUUUUCUUCUCCGACUGAGAUGACUAAAUACGCUCUUAAGAAAACUGUGUUACUUCCUAAAAUAACUGCAGAAAUUCUGGAGAAACUCAGCGGGCCUGACAGCAUCUGUGGAGACAGAAACACAGUUCAUGUUUCAAGUCCAGUAUGAGACGACUUGUGCACAUGAAGUCUAGUCAUAAAGGACUUGAAAUACUAAUUCUGCUUCUGUCUCAGCAAAGCAUGUGAGACUGGCUGAGUUUUGUCCAGCGUGAUCUGUUUUAUUUCAGAUUUACAACAUUUGCAGUAUUUUGCUUUUAUUUGAAUCCAUCACUCACUUCCUAUUUUGAGUUUUGGUGUGAGCACUUGCCAAAGUGCAGAGAGAACAGCAUCUCCAUCCUGGGGAUUUAAUUCAAUCAAAUCCUGUCAAGGUUUGAAUUGAAUUUAUUAUGAACUUGGUGAGUUGCUGAGUGUUGUGGUCAUAAGCAUUUCCUGCGCUAACUGGUUUCAAAGGAGGAAACACAUUACUCUGCAGUUGUGACUAUUAUGGACCCUUUCUGCUUACUCUACUGUUUUCUGCAUUUUGCUUUGAAAUGACUGCAAAAUGACAGCUGAAAUCAGACGUUUGAUUAAGAAUUGACAAUUUUGAAGGGUAGUUGGAUUUGUGAUCAAAUUCCAGAAGGGAUUAGCAUUUUAUGUCCAUCUUGGUUGCAUGUGUGAGCAAAGCUGAAAUGGCAAUAAAAGUACAAACAUCAUUCCAUUUGUAGCCUCACAGUAGGUCUUCUCUUUCAACACUUCAGAACCUUUGUUGCUGCUACACAUCCCUUAUGACCAAGGUGGUGAUAGCUCUGCAGUCAUCUUGAAGGGUGUGUGAGAUGAGGGCAGAUUUGCUUCUUAUUCUUAUGUUCUAAAUGCAGAUUAUGUACAAACAAAAACACAAGCAAAGCCAUCAAUAGCCAAGCAUUCACAUCAAUAGUUAUUCCAAUCUGAAUUACAAUUAGUUCUGUUGAACAGUGGAUUCCUUGCUGAAAUAUUCAAGCAUUUAAUCUUCUCUGUAGUUGCAUUCUGCUUCAGUUGUCAGGCAGUUACUUCAACACUUGAUAGGGCUAUUAAGCUAAGAGUAGGAAUGAGUCAGUGCAGGAAUGGAGGGCUCCAGAAAUGUUUGGAAAAUAGUUUUAUUGCACUUCCGUACAAAACUAGGCCGAAUUUGGGAAUACUCAGAGUAUUACUGCACAGAACCUAAACCAUAAAGUAAUACUAUAAAAUAAAAAGUGAAAGAACAUUGGAAAUACACAACAGGCCAAACAGUGCCAUAUCAGAAGAGACUGAUUGUUUUGACUGAAGAUCUGUCUUACUAGCUCUCCCACAAUAUUAAAGCAGCAAUCAUCUUCAAAGCCUUCAAUAUCAAAUCUCUACCUCAUUCUUCACACACCCACCUGACCUGAAGAUGACUGAGGGACAGGGUUUGAAACUCCUCCAAUACAAUUCUGUGGUCAGGUUGUGAUAUUUACUGGAAGCCAACAUGAAUGGAGGAUACUCCAAUCAUGCAGAAUUGCUCUCUGAUCACGUCUUUUUCAACGACAAAUUUUCUUACUCCUAGAUAAGACUUCUGGAUGUUGGAGAUGUCCCAGUCAUGGGGCUACAUUAAGCAUCCAUGUUUUCUAUGUUUGGCAAUAGAGAUCUGUAUUAGCUGAAUGGCACUGAAAGUGGGAUGUAAUACCACUAAACCAGUCAUUUGAGAGAAGAGUUCUACCCCUCCAUUUCCCUCACCACCAAUUGCUGAUUGGAGUGGUUUAAGUGCUAAUCUGCAGGGUUAGGUCAUUCUUUAAAAAUAGGUAGUGAGGAAAACGAGUCUGCAUGUUGUAGAUGAAUCCUAUGCUCAUCUCCUAUUAAUGUGGCUGCAGUCUAUUCCUGAGGCUGCAGGUGGCAAGCAGCAAUGAAAGCCAUGCUCCCAAAAUAAAUUAUGAAGAGGAGAUGUCCAAUAUUCGAUUAUUUGCCAUGUGGCAGUUUUCUACAUUGCUUGAUUUGAAUGUGUUCUGUGUAAUUAAACUGUGGGAGGAAAGGGUAAAGAUUGGAUAUAUCGUCUUCCGUUGAGAUGGAAACAAGCGAAGGUAUUAACCAUCUGAAACUAGUUGGUCCACAGCCUGCUGGUUCAAUCCAGUGAGUGGAGUGAAGAGAAAAAGAACUUGUGCUCCACAGUAUGGUGUUGAUAAAGAAGAGCAUGGUGGUGUGUACAGUCUGAAUUGCCUCUGUGAGCCACCUGUACUCAGCGUAUCAAUAGAUUUGGGUGAACUUUUUGACCAAUUCCACAACUGUGGUAAUAUUUUAAGUAUGCAUUUAACCAAGACACACUUUUUGAAAUUAGGAAAUGAUGGAGGAUUCAUAUUAGAUAAUUGAGCAACCAAGCAAACAAUCAAAAAAAAUGUUAUGAUCUAUAGCCUGCCAAAGAAAUGGCAUUCAAUAACAAGCUAUUGCUUUGUUUUCUGAAGAGUGCUGAAGUUUCUUAGUUUUAUACAGUUUCCUCAGAGUGACUGUGUCAUACAUAGCCCAUAGAUAUAACUAUCACAUGCAAGUGAAUGAUAAUAAUCCUAGAUGCUUUACCUCUGUUCAGUAUCACUGCUAAGUGUAGGUUUGAACAGAAUGAAUCUAGAUCAGUAUUAAUCUAUAUUUAGGCUCUAAUUAAUGUUCCUAUUCUCUCAGUACUGAGCAUAGCAGAACGUCAAAACAACUUGGUGAAAAGCAUAGCAGGUUUUCUCAUUCACUCAAAAGCUAAAUGUAUCUUAUCAACUGUUGAGAACAUCACCCUGACAAGAAACAGCUUGACAGCAUAAACCGUACUGUUCACACUUGGUAUACUUGGCUUCAAACCUGAAAUCCUGUGACUUAUUAAAAAAAAAUUGGGAUUUAAACCAAAUCAGUGCAUUCACUCAGUGAAUUAAUGUGGCUGCAGUCUUAGCUUCUGGACCUUUUUGGGCUCAUGACAGUAAUGCAACAGUUUGAUGCAUCCAGCAAUUGCACCCUAAAUCCAAUCUGUUCAAUGACUCCAAGAGUUAGUUUUAAUUGAAACAAUUUUGAUUAAUUUGUGCAUACAUUUGCCCUGGCUACAUCACAAUGGAUGUUUGUCCACUAAGUGAUGGUUAUCCCCUUGUGUAGCUUGUAUUUCCAAUCAGCUAGUCCAGCUGGCAAUCCAAAGUAAUUUCACAUUUUGCUUGAAUGUGUGCAUUCAUGAGAGUUCUUGUGCUUGAAUUUGUUCAGUCAGAGCCACUGUUUGUUUCCCAGUCUUGGAAUAGUAUUACUUUUUGAUCAUGUGGAGUUGUCAUUUAUUCUAAGCAAUCUGCUUUCAGGUAAUUAAAGAGCAGAUUAAUACCUCACAGGUUUUGUAUAUAGCCUGUUUCUGGAAUUUUGGAAAUAGAUUAGAAGCAGCUUGCUAUCGAAAUAAGGCACAGAAGGAGGCCAUUCAGUCAUUGAGUCCAUACUGACAAAGUAGUGAAGAGGCAAUGUUUAUGUGCAAGGACCCACCUGAGUCUCUAUUCCCACCCAAAUCUCUCUUCCCACCCAGACUUGCUUUUAAACUUACAGUAUUAGAACUUGUUGAUUUGAGUUUGUCUGUUGAUCACCCUGUCAUGUUGAGGCCUAGUUGCCUAGUGCUCUCUCGCCCUCGUAUUAAGGGAUGGCAACCCUUGGGUUAAAUUUAUGUUUCAUAAGGAAGUGAUACUUGCUAUUUGUGCUGCAAAUACAAUGCAGUUUUCUCCAAACAUGACACAUCCUCUCAUUUUAAAAUUGUUCAAACUGUCCCUCAUUUGUACCUGUUUCUUCCCUUGUGAUGUCAAAAGCUAGUUCACUGUUAGCUGUGUGCCUGUCUGUAUGUUUCCAUCUCAGUCAUUGAAAAGUGUAAAAAAAAUCAAUUUUUUGAUCUUUUAUAUACAUUAAAUAAAAAUUGUAGCUGACUGCUUCGAUUGUAGCACCCCUUAGCCUUGUAAAAAUGUUCUAUUUUGUAUAUAUUUUCUCAUUUUGAAAGCUGUGUAUGGAGGUAUGGGCUCUUGUCCUUGCUGUAUAGAGGCUUUUCUUCAUGCAGAGAAGCAGUGACUUUAUGACUUAAUCAACCCUAAUGUUAAGCACAAUCUGUGCUUAUAAAAAGUUUAAAAAUUUUAAAAAUAUUAAAAAAAAGUUGAAGACUU